GGGGGUACCCAGGGCCUCCCCCUUGCCGGAAGGGAUGCUGGGACCUGUCACCCUCCACCCGUGGCCCUCCCUCAGUGUCCCCGCGGGUGACACCGGUCACACAGCUGCCCUGAGCUCCCUGUUCGGUGUCGGCAAGGUAAGGGCAGCCGGGCCGUGUGUUUCACCCAGUUUCUUCUGCCCUGAAGGUCACAGAAACCUCUUGUGGUGGAUGAAUUGUUUCACUUUUUUUCCUUGUGUAAAUCUCACUCUGGCUGUCUCCUCCUCUGCUGAGUGACAGGGAGCUCUUGUUCCCUUCUCUGAAUGAGUCAGGCUAAAAUUAUAAUUUGCAUUUAGCAAAUAAGAGUGGUUGUAGCAGGCACAGAGAGACCAAAUCCUUUGGCCUUGCAGAGGAAAUGGUUUGAGAACCAGUCAGUCUGCUCACAUGGGUGUGCACGAAAUGCUGUGUAACCAGGGAGCACAGCCACUUGUCCACCUUUGAAAUGUCUCUUCUGCCUAUGGUUACUGGCGCCUGCUUAAUGAAAUUCCUCUUGGUUUAUUCCUAGAGCCUGGGCCCUUUCAAUGCGUCCCUGAGCUGUGUUUUGCUGUUGGUGGCAAAGCUGAAUAAUAGCAGUAGAGAUUUUUAUAGAUGGGCUCUCUGUGUCUCUCUUACUGGCAGAAAUUGUCAUUAACUGAAUGAUGUUUAUGCUGAGCACUAAGGAGGGAACAGGUCUUGAUGUAGUCUAUGCAAUUCCCCGUGCAAAAAGUUGGGAAGUUCUGGAGGAUGGUCUCACUUUGGUGAUGAUGGUUCUGUGAGUGGAGCCUUUCUCAGGGCUGUUGCUGCUUUUCAUUUUCCUUGGGGGAAGGUGAGAAAUCACCUGUGGAUGACUUCUCCUGAUGUGACCCCACACGAGUCUGCCCUACUGAGGGCUUCAGGAUCUGCUCCAGCUCCUCGAUGGUGGCUGUUCUCCACCCUUGUGUUCUCCAUCAGGAAUCUGGAAUUAUGUUGGUGUGGGAUAGGCUGUAGUGGCUGAGGAGCUGCCAGGCAGGGCUGACCUUGUGCAGCAGCUUGUGCUUCCCAACCCGACUCCUGUGGCUGCUGCACUUGGCAGGGAAUGAGGGGAGAGAAGUGAACUUUGCUGAGGUCAGAACUGCCAUAAAGGCCUGGCCUGCGAAAGCCAAGUGGAGUGGUGAGGCACUGAAUUCCUAAAAGGAAAGGCAAGCAGUGACUAAAGCUUUCUGUGACUGCCUGUGAGCAUGGGGGGAUCACUAGGAUAUAUAAUGGUGUGAAAACAGACGUCAGAAAUUUGUUGCUUUCCUACUUUAUUUUUGGUUUUGUUUUGUUCUUAACCUCUCCUGGUAAGAAAUUCUGCUUCCCAGGGCUUCACUUUAACUAAACCAUCUGUCCACGGUGCCCGUUCUUAUAUCUCACUGCAUGGAUAUUUGUGACUGGUGGAACACACAAGGGAUUUUCUUUUCCUAAAGAUUCUCUUUAUUUGGAGUUUCCAAAACCUGAAAGGAGGCUCUUUGUCUUCACAGCCACCAUGUCACCCAGCCAGGAACCUGUUUUCCCUGAUUAUGAGACAGAGACCAGCCAGACCUCGAAGCUGAUAAAAAAAUUUACGGAGACACCAUUUGUGCCCAUUGGGAUGGGCGGCUUCGCCUGCGUAGUUGCCUACGGGCUGUACAAGCUGAAGCACAGAGGUGACAUGAAAAUGUCUCUGCACCUGAUCCACAUGCGCGUGGCAGCCCAGGGCUUCGCCGUGGGAGCCCUGACGUGUGGCGUACUGUAUUCCCUGUUCCGGGAUUAUGUGGUGAAGCCCAAGGAAUAGUGGGAAGCCCUCUGAAAUCCCUGUCCUGGUGGUGGUGACCUGUGUACUGCAGCUCCAAACCUCCUGUCAAGGGGUUCUUGAGGAAAGCAAAUAAUACAUGGCAUUAGAGAAUUGUUCUAUUUUGUGUAUGGUACACUGUGCUGGCAGCCUCAGAAUGUCCACUGGGGGAGUGGGUGUUGGGGUCUGGGUCUCUGAUUGACACCACCACAUCCCAGUUUGUAGGGGAUAUUGUGGAGUGCAAUCCCUCUAUCUUCCCCUUCAGCUCAGUCCUAAAACCAGUGACUUCUUUUGCUGUUGUUGCCCAAAAUCAUGAUGUCUGAACUGGCUUCUGUCAGGGAAUGUCAGGAAUACCUUGCUGUCAUUUUCUAGCCUCUGCCUCCAACUUUGUAAUUUAGAAGCUUCCAGUAGCACUAAGUGACUUCUAAAAUAUUGAGAGAGAUAUAUAAACAUCUAUUUUUUUUUAUUUAAGGCAUAAGAUAAAUAUGUUGCAGCUAUUUAAAUGUUAUAUUUAUUCAUUGUUAAAAAAGACACAGGCUCCCUAUUUUCGCUAAAUCAGACCUUGGAUUAUGAUAUUUUGUAACUUUAUUUACUGUGUUUUCUGAGUAACAUCUAAAUGUAACAUUUAAAAUACAUUUUGUGAAAACUAAACCUUAAUUUGGUGGUUUAAAUACUUUUAAAGUGUAUGAUCUAGCUGAUUUGUGCAGUACUGUUCCUGACAUGAAAUUUUUAAACAUUUAAAUCUGAAAAGCCCCCCUUCGCCUUAUUUAGUUAUUAAAAUCCUUUGUCUGUUAUUUUACACACAAACUCCUUGUACCUUCAACAGCAGUCACAAAAAUAAAAGCCAAUUUCUAAAAAAAGCACAUAUUCUCCUGUUAGCUGACAUUCCAUGGUGACAAUCUCAGAUGUUACAGAUACAAGGAUACUGCACCUGUCUGCGACCUGCUGUACAGAGCCAGGGGAGAUUAACCACGAAUAAAAGUGAGGAGUGGAGGUAA